AUGGCUUCGUUCCCCGAGUCGGAUUUCCAGAUCUGCCCGCUGUGCAAGGAGAUGUGCGGCUCGCCGGCUCCCAUCUCCUCCAACUCGUCCACCUCGUCGUCUUCCUCGCAGACCUCCAACUCGUCCGGAGGGGGGGGGAGGAGGAGGAGGAGGAGGGGGCGGCGCCUGCACGUCCUGCCUUGCUUGCACGCCUUCUGCCGCCAGUGCCUGGAGGCGCAGCGCCACCCAGCCGCGGGGGACUCGCUCAAGCUGCGCUGCCCUAUCUGCGACCAGAAGGUGGUGAUCUCGGAGCCGUCGGGCAUGGACGCGCUGCCCUCCUCCAACUUCCUCCUCAGCAACCUGCUCGACGUGGUCGUCGUGGCCGCCGCCGCCGAGGACCAGAAGAACAACGGGCGGCCCGGCGGCCCGGGAGGCGGCGGGGGCAGUAACAGCAGCACCAACAACCGGCACCACAACCCGCGCCAGCAGCAAGCGCAGCAGCAACAGCAGCAGCAUCGCACCUCGGCCGGCGGCUCCUCGCCCGGUUCCGCCGCCGGCUCGGCGUCGUCGGGAGGAGGAGGCGGCGGCGGCUCCUCGCUGCUGCUCCGGCGGCCGCACAGCCGGCAGGGCGAGCCCCGGUGCAGCUCGUGCGACGAAGGCAACGCUGUCAGCUCCCGCUGCCUCGACUGCCAGGAGCACCUGUGCGACAACUGCGUGCGCGCCCACCAGCGCGUCCGCCUCACCAAGGACCACUUUAUCGAACGCUUCGGCCCCGGACCGGCCGCCUCGGUGGGGCCCGGCGCUGCCGCCGCCCAGCUCGCCCUCAGCCAGCCCUACUCCGCCGCGCCUUACAACAUCCUCUCUGUGUUCCCGGACAGGGUGAACUACUGCCAACACCACGACGACGAGGUGCUGCAUUUCUACUGUGACACUUGUUCUGUUCCUAUCUGUCGGGAAUGCACCAUGGGACGACAUGUGGGUCACAGCUUUAUCUACCUCCAAGAUGCGCUGCAGGAUUCCAGAACACUUACCAUUCAGCUACUAGCAGAUGCUCAACAAGGACGCCAGGCCAUUCAGCUGAGUAUUGAGCAAGCUCAAGCAGUAGCAGAGCAAGUUGAGAUGAAGGCAAAGAUGGUACAAUCUGAAGUAAAGGCUGUGACCUCUAGACACAAGAAGGCCCUGGAAGAAAGGGAGUGUGAGCUGCUGUGGAAGGUGGAAAAAAUCCGCCAAGUGAAGGCCAAGUCUCUCUACCUGCAGGUUGAAAAGUUACGUCAGAACUUGAACAAGUUAGACAACACCAUCAGUGCAGUUCAGCAGGUUCUAGAGGAGGGCCGGAACAUGGAUAUCCUCUUGGCUCGAGACCGUAUGCUCGCUCAGGUACAGGAGCUGAAGAACAUCAGGGGCUUCUUGCAGCCUCAGGAGGAUGACAGGGUCAUGUUCACUCCACCGGACCAGGCACUGUAUAUGGCCAUCAAAUCUAUGGGGUUUGUCAGCAGUGGGGCCUUCGCUCCUCUGACCAAAGCCACAGGUGAAGGUCUCAAACGUGCACUGCAAGGCAAAGUGUCCUCUUUCACAGUGAUUGGUUAUGACCACGAUGGGGAACCUCGCCUUUCUGGGGGAGACAUGCUCUCAGUUCUGGUGAUGGGGCCUGACGGAAAUCUUUUUGGAGCAGACAUUUGUGACCAGCAGAAUGGAACUUAUCUUGUCAACUACAGGCCUCAGCUGGAAGGGGAACACCUGAUAUCUGUCAUGAUGUGCAACCAGCAUAUAGAAAAUAGCCCAUUCAAAGUCAUGGUUAAAUCUGGGCGCAGUUAUGUUGGCAUUGGACUGCCAGGGCUUUGCUUUGGUAGUGAGGGGGACAGUGAUGGCAAGCUGUGUCGUCCCUGGGGCGUUAGCGUAGAUAAGGAAGGUUAUAUCAUUGUUGCUGAUCGCAGCAACAAUCGCAUCCAGGUCUUUAAGCCCUGUGGUGCUUUCCACCACAAGUUUGGCACCUUGGGCUCGAGGCCCGGCCAGUUUGAUCGGCCAGCUGGCGUCGCCUGUGACUCCUCCCGGAGGAUUGUUGUGGCAGACAAAGACAAUCAUCGCAUCCAGAUCUUCACUUUUGAUGGCCAGUUCAUUCUAAAGUUUGGGGAGAAAGGAACCAAGAAUGGUCAGUUUAAUUAUCCAUGGGAUGUAGCAGUAAACUCAGAAGGCAAAAUCCUGGUGUCUGACACAAGGAAUCAUCGGAUUCAGUUGUUCGGGCCUGAUGGAGUGUUUCUGAAUAAAUAUGGUUUUGAAGGGGCGCUCUGGAAGCACUUUGAUUCCCCGAGGGGCGUAACAUUCAAUCAUGAAGGCCAUCUGGUAGUGACAGAUUUCAACAAUCAUCGUCUUCUGGUCAUACAUCCCGACUGUCAGUCAGCGCGCUUCCUUGGCUCCGAAGGUACAAGUAAUGGCCAGUUUCUGCGUCCACAAGGUGUGGCAGUAGAUCAGGAAGGCCGUAUCAUUGUGGCAGAUUCCAGGAACCAUCGUGUGCAGAUAUUUGAGCCGAAUGGUAGUUUUUUAUGCAAAUUUGGCACUCAGGGAAGUGGCUUUGGUCAGAUGGACCGUCCUUCAGGUAUUGCAGUCACCCCAGAUGGCAUGGUUGUUGUGGUUGACUUUGGAAACAAUCGAAUUCUCAUCUUCUGAUCUUUGUUUAUCUGUACCAGGAAGAAACUGUCUCAGGGAAAAAUCCUUUUAAGAGAACGCAGAAUUACAACGCUAGUUCAAACCUACCUCAUCUUUAAUUUUUUUCAUAGAUGAAUGUACUUCCCUUUUUUAUCUGCAGGGAGUGAGCCUGUGAUGUUAUAAACUUUCUUAUCUACCUCAUUAUCUUUGUGUUCUUUACCUCCACAGUAUAUACAGUACAGUAUAAAACUACCCUCUUUUUCCCUGGAUGGGGCAUCACGCACAAAUAUGUUUUGUGUGCACAUUUAGGUGGUUUGUGUAGUGAAUUCUGUAGAUUCUGCCAGAAGAGCAAUGUGCUCAUUGUUAAAAACAAGAAAAAAAAGUAGCUUUAGAUUCUUUUAACUUCGUGUUCUGAUGAUACUGUGGGGGGAUUGAGGGUGGGUGAAGGGUUGUGUUUUUAGAUGCUGCUGCAGCAGAGAACUCUUUCCUCGUUCUCCUUUUUUAUACCUCAGUGCAUUUUGACUUACUGUUCAGCGUAGUGUCUCAUUUGUAGAAGAUGUCAAUUUCUCUUGUUUGCAAAAGUGGGAUGGGAUUCACCAGGAAAAGCUUAGGGUCGGCUUUAUUUGUUUUCCUAAUGUUUUGUUAUUUUGCAUGUGUAAUUUUUUUUUUUUAAAAAAAUGCAGUAACUCCACAACACAAACAAAACUGUUAAGAAAAUGCACAAAUGUUUUAAUAUGCUAAACUUCUUUGGGGUUUGGGGCCCUAAUCUGAAGGGUUCCAUGGUCAGUGUUGCUUGUGUGUGAAGGCCCUUGAGUCCCCCAUUUUUUUUGAAAGCAGCCCUUUCCCUCUAUGAUAGACAAACUGCUCCCAAAACUUGAGAAACUGAGAAGUGACCUGAUGCAGCAUGGGGAGCUGCUGCUGAUAUGCUGGGCGUGAGAGGGAAGCCCAGAAGAACUGAUGCACAAAUGCAAGCCCAAGCUCUCACCAAAAGGAGCUCUUUGGACUGCAGAACUGCUGUUGUUGAUUGUUAAAACUGAAUUCUUGUUUUAGAGCUUCUUUUUUUCAUCAUAGCCCAUUUUUUAAAAAGUUCUCUCUUUUCCUCCUCCUUUGCCAUGUAUAUAUGUUUAGUGAACAAGGCAAGCUUGUUUUUGCAAUGCACAUUAAGAGACAAUGAACCAACCAGUUGGGCUUUAAUGUUCCAUUUCUUCUGAAGAAGCAGAUUGUUUUUGAGGCUUGCAUUAAAGAAUUAACUUUUUUUUUAAAUGUAGCUUUAUCAAGAGAAGUGUGUAAUCUUUCAGCGACAAGUAACAGGAAGCACAAAUUUGGAAAUUCAGGGUGUUUCACAAGUCCCAGAUGAAGGAAAAUUGAUUGUAUUGACUCAUCUAAUUGAGUUGGCUUCCUGCUUCUGUCAGUCUUUCUCCUCUCCUCUCCCUCUUUGAAUGGAACAUCUGUGUCUUUCCAGAGCACCCUUGUGGCUUUCUCUGGUGGACUGGAGAUUAUGGGUGGAAAGAAAGCCACCAAAACUCUACCUCAUUGGCUCUAGCACCAAAGAAUGUCAUGUAAAAUGGGGGUGCAAGCUUCUUGAAACCAAAACAAGUGAGUGUCCUUUUUUUUUUUUAACAGCCACAGCAUUUAGCACUGAAGAAACCAAGUGUUCUUACAUGUCUGCAAGAAACUCCAUAUUUCAAAUUUUAUACCAAAUUAUAGGAAUGUGAUUCCUUUCAUGUUGAAUCUUUGAUCUCUCUGAUAGGCAUCCUCCCAUCUUGCUUCCUUCUGUGCUUGUCUGAGAGUAAGUCCCAUUGAUUUCACUAAGAACUUACUCCUGAGUAAGUGUGUGGUGGAUUGCAACUUGUGAUGCUGGGAUCCAACACAAGCUUACUUUGGGAAGAGAUUCAUAGGUGAUGCACUGCCUUCUCUCCAUCCUAACUGGGAAUCCAACAAUGCAUCCAUCAGCUUUCAUCCCUGGUGUUGUCUUCUGUUUCUGCUUCCAUUAAACAGAUGUUUUGAGUCUUUAGUGUGAAGUCUGAAAUGCCCUCUAACUAAUUUAGUCAGAGCUAGUAUAAUCAGGAUUUGUUCCAGUUGCACUUUUCACAUUUUCCUAGAGACUUUUUAGUUAUUAAGAAACUUGAACUCUGUCAAGUUAAUAGGCCUAUAGCCAGUAGAGAGCAGAGAACUUGCAGCCCUUUUUCUAAUACAUUUGGAGGACAUGAGGAGCAGACAGGUGAGAUUCUGAAUGUUCUUUAAGCAUUUCUUCUGCUUUAAAUCAGCUUGGUCAAGACUAUUUUUGUCUAGCCAACUCCUCUUUACAUACAAAUAUUUCAGGGUUCUGGUAAGGUCAGUAAGACAGAACUUAUUUUUCCAGUAAAAAAACCUCAGACCUAGAUAGUUUACAUUAUAUAACAUUUAGGUGUAGCCUCUAAGAACCAAUGCACACUUGAAAGUGGAGUCCUCUGACUCAUUUCUUUUUUCCUCAUGAAUGGUUACUCUUGGUGGUAGCCUGGAUAUGGAUGAGCAUAUUUCAACACCUUGAGGUUGAUCAUGUGCAAAGUAAUUUCUCUGAUAAAGAAAAAAAGUGGUGGGUCAUAUGGUAAAAUUCUCUUUGAGAUGAUGGUGUAGCUAUACCUAGCCUUUUCCCAUCACAAAUAAUAUAGUCCGUUACAAACCUGGCCCAUUCUGCUCAAAAGGGUGGGUUUUGUCCUGUGCUGGACACCACUAUGCAUGUUGGAAGUUAAUUGGAAGUUAUUUUUAUUGUUGGGUUUGGGAAAGGGGUAGGGUCAUACAGACUUCAUACAGUUCCUGUGUAUCACUGUAGACAAGAGUUUUCCCCACCUUCAUCUUCGAUGCUCAGUAUGAGAUCAUCCUGUAACUUUGGAAGGCACCCUAGGCUCUUCAAGUUGGAGUGUUUUGCUUGUGACUUGGGAAGGUGUGUAAAGGUUUGACUUUUCAGUUCUAGCUACCAAAGAUAAUUGGUUAAAAAGCUUUAAUUUUGGAAUUGACAGGCUCCCAUAAGGGUAUUGUAAGGCAGAUGCUUGGCUGCCUCUUCUAUUGAUGUCACCCUUAUUUUUCUGAUGGGCUUAUCUUAAAACAACUUAUUUCUAGUGUAUUGUUGUUUAAUAAAAAAUUCCCUUUGUGCCAUCCCAUUCCUUCACAUAGCAGAAAGCCACUGGUAGUGGAAUUUUGUUGAGUUUCAUGACUUUCUUCCUGUAUUUGUAGGAUAAGCUUCGGAGAAGCCAGAAAUCUCUAUGCUUGUUUAGAAGGAAUGUGGUGUUUUUUUCUUAAAUAGCCAUGCUGUUGACCUCUGUCUGCUGGGUUUUUUUGGCACAAAGCAAAAAAAAAAAACAAAAGCAACAAAACUUGAUACAUAUUUUCAGCUUUCAUAACAUAAAGCUUUUUUUUUCAAUGCUGCUGUUUGGCUAUCGAGAAUGACUCUUUUACAAUUACAGCUGUAAGUAGUGCAAAGCACGCUUGAUCCCUCUUGAAGUCUUUAUGUGGCUUUUGAUUUGGGAUUGUUUAUAAAACUAUGAAUCUAAGUUGUGUAAUAAUACAGGGAAAUGUAAUGCCAGUGCAUUGCAUCCCUUAGGGGCUUGGUUUUCAUUGGGUCUAGGACUAACAGGAUUCAAGUCCAUCUGUUUGCAUGUUUGAGAGGCUUUAGUGGGUCACUAAACACAAAACAAAGUUACCAAAAAGUAUGUAAGCAGAGAGGUCUGCAAGCAAGCUUCUAACUUGUGCUUAUUUUUCUUGUCUAAUGUAGUUUUCUAAGCUAUUAAACCUGAUUUAGGAUAAGGUGAGGUGACUCUUUACAAUUUCUAAAAUGUGGGCAGACCAACAGUUGUGCACUAAACACUUGCAAAGAAAUUUGAGCUGUGUUAUAAACUAUCCCUUUUUUGCUCUGUCCCAAAUGUUUUCCAUCAAAGUCACACUGUUGUUUCAGUUGUAUAAAUCCAGUCUUGUUGCUACCAAAUAGUCUGCUAACCAAAGUCCCCCCCCCCCUUUUUUUUUUUUUUUUGCUGAGGGCCCAAAACGAAGCUAAAUAGCAGCACCUUCAGGUUAUAAACUCACUACCCUGGAGUAUAACUUCUUUGGGGAAACCUUCAAGGACACACUGUGGUGGGGACCUGAAAUAUCCUAUAAAUAAUAAGUCAAACUGAAUCAGAUAUGAGAACAAGGAAGGCACUUCCUUUGUGGCAUUCUGCUGGAAUUUCACGAGAUUGGUGCAGUCUCUUUUAGUUAGUUAAGCCAAAAUUAAUUUAUUGAAGAGAGGUUUCUGCUUGAUUUAGCCAUAUCUGAUUUCUUUUGAAGAUCAGAUUUCCUGUGUUGAGUUCUGGUUUAAAUUAAAAAGUGCCAAAGCAUUUUGUGUUUUGUUUUUUUAAACUGAGUAUAUCCAAAUAGUGCCAAAAGGUAAUAGGGUAUUUCUUUAAAAAAAAGUUUAGACACACAGAAUCUGGAACUGUGUUUAAGAGUAAAACACUGGUACUUGCGUUAGACAAACACUGUUUCUGAUCCUAGAGUCCUUGGGAAACCAACAGAACCCAGUUUGCUGUGGUACAGGAUGUUUGAACAAAGUAUAUGUAAAGUUCUACCUCACUUCAGAAAAGAAGCAAACAUCUACCUCAAAUUUAGCAUUGAAGUCAUAGAAGAAAGUGGUUUUUCAGUAUGAGAAAAGGGAUUGAGUAUAAGUAGCAUAAUAUGGUUCCCCCCAGUAGAUACACAAUUUAAAUAUAUUUAAACUUGAUGACUUUACAUGUGGCUGCCUUUCCUUACAAAUAUUUGGCUGGUCAUACUAAAAGUGUAAAUAAGAGAAAUUUUGGAAAUCUCAGACAAAUUUAUUGAUAAUCCUUCAUGAACUGAUGUUCUCUGGGAAUUAUACCAUUCUCAUAUCUUUCAGUAUUAUUGGCUGACAUGGUGAACAUAUUCUUUAGUAGCGGCAGAGUUCUCUGGGACCACAGGUCUCUUUUCUUCAAGAGAAAAAUAACUGGAUUUUGUUUGUAUCUAAUUUGUUUUAAAAAAAUUGGAUGAGGGCAGGAGGACCCAAUAUGCUUUGGGUCGGAACUUUCCUUUACCAGUGAGACUUCAUUUAAAAAAUACAAUAUUCUCCAACUUUUUUUUUUUUAAGACUGAGGGGAUUUAGAAUGAGUUAUUUUCUGUUGGCACAACUGGCAGUAUGAAAACGUUCAUCGCUAGAGGCUGCUUAAAUUGGGCUAUUGAAGGGACUUCCAUCUACUGCUUCCCAUAUUCAGUAUAGCUCAAAAAGAAGCACACAAUUGCAUUAUUGGGAGGGGAGAAUCCUUAUCCCCCUAUUGUUCCUCAGUCUUACUGUUCAAGCAAUGAGUUGGAGAAGACAGGUACAGAAAACCACUAAUGAUUAUCAUGUGUUGAGUUUGCCAGGUGUUGACAGUGGUAGAUGUACCUAUCUUGUGUAUAUAUAAAGUGAUCUUACGGGUUAACAAGCCAAAGACUGGCUGUCAUUGGUGGGGGUUUUUCCCUCCAUCAUUGUUAAAACAGUACAUUGUUCUUCAGGAAGAUUUUGUUUUUUAAAAAAGCUUUGUGUAUCUGUAUGGUCUUAGACCUCUUCCAUGAUUGUAUCAACUUACAAACUCAGGUUGCCUUUUUAUUUUGUUUGUGAAGCUCCUUUUGUCAGGGCUUUGGUAACUGAAUGUUAACUGUAUGUAGUAGAAUAGAUGGCUUUCUGUAAGCCAGCAAACCAGUAAAUUUCUUGGUAGCUUUCUAGAAUGCUUCUCAGUCUACGUAGUUUUCUUUCCCAGGGAGAGAUAUUGUUUUUAGCACCCUCCCUUUAAGACAAGAUUUUUUUUUAAAACAGUAGUUAAUGUAAUGUGUGCUUUGUCACUCAGACUGUUUUGAGGUGACUUUUAAAAACUAUAAAUGAUGCUUCUUGUGUUGUGCCUCACCUGUUGUAUAUCUGCUUAGGGUAAUUCUGUACUUUUAAAAGUACCAUUGGUUCAACAUGCCUUUUUUUAAAAAAAAGCAUUUCAAAUACUUUUCUGUGCCUCAACACUAAGUGGAUGGUCUAAGACCAAAAGAAAACAUCCAAAAAUCAGCAUGGAAAAAUAAACUCUUGCAGACUACACCCCCCCUCCCCCAAGAAAAAUUGGUUGUUAUGUCCAAAUUAUUUAAAUAAGAUUUUUUUUGUUGCUUUUGAAAAUACUUCAGCAUACCACUGAAGAGUGCUUCAGAAUUCUUCCUGAAUCUUUUGGCCCUUUCAGGGAAGUCUUCUGAGAAUAUUUCCCUGUGGCUGAUUUGUCCAGGGGCCUAGGUAACAACUCUCCUCCUCUUUCUAGCUUUUAACUCUUAUUCUUGCAAAAAAACCCAAAAACGAUGAAGUGACCAUCUUGGUCAAUGUUUUUAUCCUGUCCUGCUGCUCCUUUUGCAAUGAGUUCUUCUCUUCCAAGAGCUGGGCAGGCUGGUCUUCAUCUCUGGUAUGGCAGUUUGAAGAAACCUCCUCUAGGCACUGCUUUAAGUUACUAUUUCUCUUUGGUACUUCUUUAAGAGGGCAUCAUCAUCUAGAACUUCAUUUACUUUGGGGGCUAUUUUUCAUCUUUGCUGUUCUAGCAAACUGAAGGGUGCUUAACAUCUCUUCCAAAGAUACUGGAGUAACUGUACAGAUUAUAGCAAUUGUAGCAUUCCCACCAAGUCUAUAAAAUUCGUAUAAGUUUACUGCCUUUGUAAUUUAUGAAGUCUCCAGACUGACCAUCACAAUGUUUCUUGUGAGAAACCAUGAGAGCAACAUCACACUUUGAAUUGGAAGCAUCAGUCUUUUCUUUGUUUUCAGUUAUUCUGAAGCUCAUAUGAGAAAGGCUGCUUCUUGCACUCAUCUUUGUCUCCCCAUAGCAGGUUUUUUUUUUUUUUUUUUUUGCUGUUUUGUAGCCAGCUCAUAACUUGUUCUGGAGAAACCACCAUCUCUUCAAUCAGAUCUUCCACAUAAAUGUUCCUACAGAUGUCUUCCCAAACUACAAGAGGUUUUUUCUUCAUGAUGCAGCUACACAGGUCUUUUAUUGUCUUGUUAUAUAUGAGAUGUGGAGCAAGAACUUCCUAUCUGGAAUUCCACAGGUUGUCUUAAAGACAUCUUCAAUUGCCAUAGGUAAAAUUCCUGGGAAACUCUUUGUUCCCAAUGUUGUAUAAAUUUUGCUUGAAGCCGUCUGGCCAUAUGCGAAAAAUAGUGCCAAUUAUAUCCUUGAACAUAUUUUAUAAUUGGCUCAGCCACCCCUUCAUAAACUUCAGCAGUACUUUCUUCCAAAUGAAAUAAUAAAAUGUGAGUGAAGGACUUUGUUCCAUCCACCUGAGACAAAUUGUAUUCCUCACUUUUCCAGGCAACAACAAUUUCUUUACCCCCCAGGUCUGCAUUCUCUUCACACAGUCACAUCCCCCUUGUCAUCAAUUUCACUGGCUUUCCAAGCCUCCCUGAAAACUAAUGGCAUCCAUUAGGAAGCAAAGUCAAAGUCUUGCAAGAAAAGCAGUAUUUUGAUGUGUGGAGUUGAGCAAGAACAAAAUUUCCCCUCUUCAAUUUGAAGCCUCUUUUUAAAAAGCUGUUGUUCUGAACAUUUUGUGGCAGACAGUAGAGUACAGCAGGACAGGUGAGGCACAAACUUUGUUCAAACAGGCUUAAAAUGUUAGUUUUGUGUGUUCAAUGGAGGCUUCUGAAUGUAUCUUUGUGGUCCAUGGAGAAGGCUGAAGGAGGUAGCAAGGAGACGAUGUAUCAGCUACUGGCAGCCUUAAAACAAAGUCAUUGUCUCUCUGGACUUUAAAAUGUUUCUAUGCAGUUUUUUUUAUUUUUGUUUAAUCAAAUAAAUGUGAGUUUCACUUC